UUAAAAAGAAACCAAGAGCUUUCAAAUGAGUUUAAUCACCCUGUAAAAAAUGAAAUUAAGCCAGAAAGCCUAGAGCUAGGGUUUCAGAGUCUUGAUUUUGGUGAUCAAACCCUAGAUAAUGAAUUAAUUGGUGAUCAGGAAGCUAGAUGGGUUUAAGUGGUGAAGAUGAGGGUUUUGAGUUGGUGCUUGCUAUCAAAACAGAGAGGGGUUCUGAUAAAGGUGGAACUUUGGGUAAGGAAUUGGUGGUGAGAAUAAUCAAGGUGGUUUGGGGGGGGUUUAGAGAUGGUGAUGAGUUUGGGAGUAAGUUGUGUGAGAAUGAGAAUCAAGUCAGUGAUCGUGAUUGGAAAGGUUUUAUUAAUGAUGAGGCGAAAUUCGAAGAGAGAAAAAGCGAAAAGUUAGGCGGUGUGGAAGGAAAUGAAGGUCAUUAUAAGGAAAUGAAGGAAGGGGGUGAGGGUAAGGACGGGAGUAAGUGGAGUGAGAUUGAGAAUGAAGGCGGUGAUCGUGAAUUGGAGGGUAUUAUAAAUGAGGCGGAAAUCAAAGAGAGAAACUCUGAAAAGCGUUGUGUGGUGGAAGGAAAUGUAGGAGACACUAAGGAGAUGAAUGAAGGGGAGGAUAACGAGGGGAGUAAGUGGAGUGAGAUUGAGAAUGAAGAUGGUGAUCUUGAUUUGGAGGGUAUUAAAGAUGAGGCGGAAAUUGAAGAGAGAAAUCUUAAAAAGAUGGAAAAGAAGGUGCUUUUAAGGAAAUAAAGGAUGGGGAUAAAGAUGAGGGGAGUAAUAGGAGUGAUAUUGGGAAUGAAGGCGGUGAUUGUGAUUUGAAGGGUAUUGAAGAUGAAAUGGCAAUCGAAGAGAGAGACCCUGACAAUCGUAGUGUUGUGGAAGGAAAUGGGAUUGGGGGUAAUUGGAUUGAGAUUGGGAAUAAAGGUGGCGAUUGUGAUUUGAAGGGAAAAGAGGUCAUUGAGGAAUAUGAAGAUGGUUGGGAUGUUGGGAUGAUAUCAUUGAGGACUAUGAAGAUGGUUGGGGUGAGAAUUGGGAUGAUGGUGCUGUAAGAGCUAAAGCUAAUCAGGAGCGACAGUGUUUUGAUAACUAUGAAAAUGAGAGGGAUAUAAAUGAUAAAGGACCUCAUUGGUACAGGAAGCUGAAAAAGAUUCAGGGAGCUCAAAUGAUGAAAACUUUGGAAGGCGCCAUUAUCCUUUGAGGCCUGAUGUGGAAGCUUGUUCGUUAGAACUGGGACUUGCAGGUUUGGAUCGAAUUGCAAAUUUAAUCAUCCACUUGAGAGGAAAAACCAGGCUGUUAGGGAUACAUUUAAGCAAAAGGAGGAAUUUUAUGAUAAUACGAACUUUAGUAUGUAUUACAUAAGGUUCUGGUUGCUUAGGCAAAUUUUGAGAUACUUUAAGUAGUUCACGGUCUGUGGCCUCAGCUGAUUCUUUAACUCUAGGAGACUUGCCUCUUUUGGUUGGCUCCGGAUAAUCCAUACCCUUCCUCUUUAAUGUUGGACUUAGGUUGGCACUCUAAGUUGUUCAUGGCCUCAGCUGAUUAAAGAGAACCUUAGGCGAUGAAUAAUCUUUCCAAUAAAGACUUUCGAUUUCCAAAGGACUUAAA